AUGGACCCCGAUCUAGAGAGCACGUACGUGAAGUACGUCAGCUUCCUCCCAGCAGUUCUGCGUGAGAGCGAUGGGUCUGAGCGCGAGGCCCUCACAGCCGUCGACCCGGCCGGAUUUUUUAUACGACACCCUCCAAAGCCACACGAGCUGGACGCCGAGCUUACAGAUGAAUCUCAACUGUUCCAAACCAUCCAUAUGGGCGCUGCGGUUGUAGAUGAGAGCAAGUGGAAGCUAGUGGUGGACGGACUGGUCGAGCGACCGUUCUCCGUGUCCUUCGCGCAGCUGAAGAGCAUGCCCUCGUCCACCAUAACCGCGUUCCAUGAAUGCUAUGGAAGUCCCAUCGCUCCGCCGAUCCAUGCGUUGUGGAGGAUUGGGAACAUCAAAUGGACUGGCGUCAAGCUCGCAGACCUGCUCCAACUAGCCAGGCCAAAGCCUGAAGCAAGAUACGUGUGGUCGCAAGGACUGGAAUAUGGUUCAUUUGCAGGUGUUUCAGCUGAUCGAUACGAAAAGGACCUCCCCUUGGAGAAAGCGCUGAGCUCCGAGGUUUUGAUAGCCUACGGAAUGAACCACGAGCCACUGGGAAAGAAUCGAGGCGGACCGGUAAGAAUGGUGGUACCUGGAUACUUUGGCACGAAUAGCACAAAAUGGCUUUGUCGGCUCUCGCUACAAGGUCGCCGCGCCGUCGGGCCCUUCACCACGACUUUUUACAAUGAGAUCGAUCCGACUGACCCAGAGGGACAGAGAACACGACCUGUGUGGUCGGUUGAGCCUAAUUCCAUGAUCGUUAGGCCGGAGCCGGGGGCAGCAUUACAAGGACCAGACAUUGACAUCCGAGGACGCGCUUGGGGCGGCGAGGAAAUCAGCCAGGUCGAUGUCAGCACUGAUGGCGGUGAGCGUUGGCUACCUCGAGCAAAUAUUGCAUUGACGCCGCGGAGUGAAUUUGAAUGGCAGUCGUUCCAAGCAAAGGUAUCGGUACCCAAACCUGGAAGAUACAAGUUGAUUGCGAAGGCGACAGACAAGGCUGGCAUCUCUCAGCCAAUGACGGGAAGAAGAAAUCAUGUGCAUACGGUCGAGAUUGAAGUACUGUGA